CUGAAUUCAGUGUUGCGUGUGUCGCGCCGCGCGUGCGACAAAAAAACUGCGGGAAGCGAGCUGUCAGUGAAAAUCGGCGCCAAUUACAACUGUCAAUUCGUAAAAAAUGAAGUGAAAUUUAAAAAUGCUAUCUACCCUAUUUUAAUUAAGUAUAUAAUUUUAAAAUUGUGAAUCGUGAUAAAUAAGAACGGUAAAUAAAAUGUGAUUGGUAAAUUACAUUUCUUUGAAAAAUACGAUUUGUGUAUAUUUUCGCGCACAUUUUUGUAAAUAAAUAUCCUUAAUAAUAUUUUAAAAUCUAGUCAAUAUUGCGUUUUAAAUAAUUGUACUUUAACAACAACAAAAAAAGUGUCAGAAUGAGUUACAAGGUGUACGACAAUUAUAAUUUCGAUUACGAAAAAUCGAAUCAAACGGACAAAGACGAGGACGAGUGUUGUGAGGACGUAAAAAAAGAAACGAGGUUAGAUAAAGUCGAGGAGAACGAAGAGGAACACAUACAGCAUGUUCUGGGCCCGAGCAAAAGAUGCUUAGCCUGGGCCUGCAAGGCCUGCAAGCGCAAAACCGCAGCAGUCGACAGAAGAAAAGCAGCGACUUUGCGGGAAAGGCGAAGAUUGAGAAAAGUAAACGCAGCGUUCGAAGAGCUCCGUGUCCGGGCGCGAGCGGGCAGCGGCCGCCUGCCCAAGCUGGAGAUUCUUCGCGCCGCCAUACAACACAUAGAGCGGCUACAGUCCGCGCUCAGAGCCGCCGCCGCUCUGGAGUCAGACAGCUAUAAGAGCUACGUGGAGGCGCCCGCGCCGCGCCCGCAGGGGGAGAUCAAGGAUUCGAGAACUCCCAAUGUCGAUAAGGACAAACCGUUCUUCAGUGGUGAACCAAGUGGUUACGGGCUCAACAGCUUGGCUCGGCUGCGGGGCAUCGUGCAGGCGCUCGCCACAGCCGAUACUGCGUGACGAAUGUUCGUCAAAGGGAAUCUACACGCGCGGCGCGUAGCUGUUUGUAAUAUGAGAAUGUUGAAAAUCGCCGUAGAGGUUUGCUGUAUGUACAUUGAUAAUUGAAUCAAUUAUUUGUUAUUGAUCCAUCGUGCUCAAGGAUAUUUGUGAUUUUUAUUUUUAUCUUAGACUUGAAAGUAUGUCAGCUAUGUCUCGAGUUAACGUAAACGUAACCCCCAGAUCAAAGUACUUAUUACUGUAGGAGUAUAUACUUAAAGAACAUAAUAUAUUAUUUAGACUAGGAAAAAUAUAAUUUCUUACUGUAAUAGACAUGUCCACUUAACACCAAAGAUAAUUUUAAAGGUAAAUAGAGGAUUAAAUAUUUCGAACUUUUUCAUUUUAAAUUUUCUUCUUGGUGCUGUACCUAAU